AUGAAGACGAGCCGGCGGUGUCGCGCGCUUCUCUCCGUGGGCUUGAAUCUGCUCGCGCUGUUGCUCUCGAGCACGGCGUUCGCCACGGCGUAUUGGUGCCAGGGCACGCAGCGUGUCCCCAAACCGAGCUGCAGCAAGGAGCGACGCCACCACUGCAUCGACUACGGAGCCAACGACACCGACCCGAGCAAAGUGCACUACAGCUGGGAGACCGGAGACGACCGCUUCCUGUUCCGCCGCUUCCACGCGGGCAUCUGGUACUCGUGCGAGGAGAACAUCCACAGCGCAGGUGAGAAAUGCAGGAGCUUUAUCGAUCUGGCACCAGCGUCGGAGAGAGGUGUCCUUUGGCUGUCAGUGGUCUCUGAGGUGCUAUACAUCAUGCUGCUGGUGGUUGGCUUCAGCCUAAUGUGCUUGGAGCUCUUUCACUCCAGCAAUGUGAUUGAUGGCUUGAAGCUGAACGCCUUUGCUGCCGUCUUCACGGUGCUGUCAGGACUUUUGGGAAUGGUGGCUCACAUGAUGUACACCCAGGUGUUCCAGAUCACAGUCAGUCUGGGACCCGAAGACUGGAGACCACACACCUGGGACUACGGCUGGUCCUUCUGCAUGGCAUGGGGAUCUUUCACCUGCUGCAUGGCCGCCUCCGUCACCACGCUCAACUCCUACACGAAGACGGUCAUCGAGUUCCGGCACAAGCGCAAGCUCUUCGAGCAGGGUCUUCGUGAAGAACAAGCCUUCCUAGACCAAGAGGCCUUCCACUACUUCCAGGAUCGCUCUGUGCAGUCCAUCUCUAGCUCGGUGGACCUGUACCCAGGCCACAGCAACACCCAUGGCAGCACCUAUAGCAGUGGCCGUGGGAAAAUACAUGCGCCUUCAACUUCCGUGGACAUGGCGGACAACGCGGAUUCUCUGGGAGAGGAGCAAUGCUGAGGAUGGCUACUCGCAUAGACCUUUUUAUGAUCUGAAUAUAUACCGACAUUGAGGAUUGCGAACUGCAUCUAAGCACUCUCCGGAAGACACGUGGCAUUGUGAUGGACCUAUUUUCUUGGGGCGGGUAUAAAAAGUGGGUUUAUAUUUAAUUAUACAAACAAAGGUGAAAUAUUUUCUGCAUAUCUAAAAAGGAAGGAAAUGACAAUGAUACUGAAACUGUGAUAAGAGCUUGGUAGUCAAUUGUGAAUUGAGAACAGGGACAAUUUCUGAACAUAGCUAUGAAAGGUGCACUAACACUGCCACACAAAUAACAAUGCAUUGGGUAUCAACAGGGUGCCUGCAGGUUUUUAUUUAAGUCGUCUGAAAUGACAUUUUUUGCAGCCUGAAGUACUAAAUCGUCAAACUCAUCUCUAUAUUUUAAAAAAGUUUUUUCAUAUGCAAGUUACUUUGAGAUAACUUUUGAGGACAUUACGAGGACGUUCUAAGGACACCAUUUUGUUACGUUUAUGGAAAUAUCUUGAGGUUUCCUGCAGACACCCUGUUAAACAGAAAUCUGAAGAAUGGUUUUAUAGGCACUGCCAGACAUGCAAGUGUUGCAUUAUCUGUCUAUAUAUAAAUAUAUAUCAAAUGUCCUCCAUCGCUGAAUAUGCCUUUGUGUUGAAAACAGCAGAUUAGCACAGUGUUUACAUUCGAUCCCCACAGAAGCACAGCUUGAUACUUUCAGCAUCUCGAACCAUUGAUUAGAUUAGCCUGUUCUUGAUUUUGUGACUUUCGUAUGCAUUACUGAAUUGUUGAGCAAUGGCGGUUAUGGGCCAAGCCUGUUCCUUUUAUUUAUUUAUUUAUUUAUUUAUUUAUAAUAAUUUUUAUGAUCUUACUCUUAAAUGUAUAUGUAAUUUAAUACAUUCUUCUGCUUUUGAACGUAUUAAAAUCUAUUUAUCUAUGUAUGUAACCAUUUGAUGAAAACCAGUUUCA